AUGGACCGCAACGGUACAGCAAUGGCGAAGCAUCAUGUCCAAAAGCGAUGCUUGUUAUGGGACUGGACAAAUACGCGCGACCGGCCAGACGCCAUCGACCAGCUCUUCGAAAACUCCAGCGACUCAAUUGAACAGGCUUUUAAAUCAGUACACAAUUGGAAUGCGUGGUAUCCACCUGAGUUGAAGGGUCGGCUUCCCUUCCGACCCAUGAUUCGGACGCGCGAGCAGCUGAUCUCGGAAGAGUGGAAUUGGAUCCGCGACUCAGAAGCCGAGAUUGUCCACUAUCUCAACGAGCCGGAGCGGCAGGGAAUCUCGCCGCAAGAAGCGGCCGACUGGUGGUCGCACAAGGUUGUGCCGGAAUUGCGAGACACGCGUGGAAAGAAGCUUGUCGGACCAGCAUGCGCCAGUGAUGAUGCGGGCGACAAGUGGCCUACCGCCUUUAUGAGCUCCGUGGGAAAUGAUGCUGCGAAGAAGCCGGAUUUCCUUGGCGUGCAUUACUACAGCGGCGACAUCGAGCAUGCUAAACAGUACAUCACCUCAAUGCACGAGAAGUACGGCUUGCCACUGAAUAUAUCGGAAAUUGCAUCUAUCAGCAGGGAUAUCAAAGAAGUUGAGGAUUUCACUGAAGAGUUGAGCGAGUGGAUGGAUUCGCAGGAUUGGAUAGACGAGUACGGGUGGUUUGGAUGCAUGGCACACUGCGCUGAUGACUUCGUUAGUCCGGCGGCGCAGUUGAUGGAUAGGGAUGGAAGAUUCACAUUUCUGAUGAAGAAACUAAUGAGAUCCUGA